AUGGAACAAGAGAACACAUUUACCUAAUUAUACUCCUUCACUUAGUCUAAGGAUUCUGACCUCUAUAAGAACGCCAAGAUUGUUUUAGAUUCAAUCAAGGAAGCUCUUUAGAAAAAAGGGAUGUUUGAAGAUAAAACUAUUUCAACUGCAUUAUUUGCCAGUUUAUUUUAACUACUCUAGUAGGAUAUAAAUGCUAAUAACAUAUAAAGCGAAGAGCCUAAAUUGUUACUUUUCAACUAGCUCUUGACAAAGGUGAAUAUGGCUAUCGUUAUUAAGUUCUAUGAAUAGAUUAGAGAAAUGAUUUUUAAAGUUUUAGAAUAAUAAAGCCGUACCCAAUUAACUUAAAAAUUUGCUAUUGCUAUCUUAGUAGAAUUACUGUAAACAUAAUAAUAAAUCGAUUAAAAUAAUGUUGCCUUAGUCAAAUUAAUUGAAAAUAUAAUUAAUGAACAAGUUGCAGCUCGUAAGCAAGCAUGGAAAGGCCUAAACACCCUUCUCUCUUAAAAAAUUACUUCUAAAUUUAUGAUUGGUACUGCUGUUACUAAAUUUGUUCUUGAUAUCCUACAAAACAGCUAAGAUGAUUAAAUUUGCAUCAUAAUCACUCAAUUUUUAAGCAACUCUAUUUAGAACCUUCCUAUUAAUAACGUUAACGAUAUUUCUUUUGCAUUACUUAAGAGACUCUAAUUAACAACUGAUUAAAAUCUUGAAGUUCUCAUUUACCUUUAAUUCGAAAAUAUAAUGAAAUUGAGACAACUCAGCUUUGAUAACUGCGAAACACUCAUUAAGGAAUUUAUCGAUAACCAACCUAGUUUACAUUCUGAUCAAAAAGUAGUUAUGAGUUAUUCAUAAUGUCUUAUUUAAACUCUUAUUUUGAUGCACGAACAAAAUAUUCAUGCUGCUAAAAAGUAUAUCCCUACAGUUAUUUCUGUGCUUUAGGAAAUUAUCCUCUCAGUCGAUGUUAAGCUUGCAACAUUUGGUUAAAAGUAGAUGGAAACUUUGAUUAUUGCAGUUAUUGGUGAAUAUCUUUGGAAAAAGCAUAAAACUGGUGGUUUCCUCAAUGAAUUUGACUUUACUGAAAUCGAUAAUCUCGGAGUUGAGUCUUCUACUGCAGAUAACACUUUUGAAAAGAUUAUUUCUAUGCUCUAGCACAUGUUAAGCAACCGUUUCGAUAAUAGAUAAAUCUAAGUUCAUGGAGUCCUUGGUGUUUUCUUCCAAAAGAUAGAUUAAGAUUGCAUGACAGAUAUAGAUGGAAUAGUUAAAGAAUUAGUCGAAAAUAGAGUUAAUAGACACGCUUCAAGUUUUGAAAAGUGCAUGGCAAAAUUAAUUUCAAAAAUUGGUGCUGGUUUGAUUGUUAAAAGAUUCCCUCUUCAAAUAGCAGGCUUAAAUCCUUUAGCUGAAGACUUUGAAGACAAGAGUAGUUUAUGGAUGAUUCCCAUGUUUUUGAAAUACACCAAGAACCAAUCUAUUGAAGAUUUCCUUGAACAUAUUGUUCCUCACAUCUCUACAAUUAAGAAUGGUAUGGAUAUUACUUCAUAGAAAAUGAAUGCAUAAGAAUUAGUUAUGUUUAAUGUUUUCUUAUAAUUAUGGGAGUGCUUUAGCAGAUUCCACAUCGUUUCUGGUGAAAAGGGUUUCACUGCUCUUAAUUUAAUUUUAGAUAACUUAGAUCCUGAACUCAAGGAUUCUAAUCCUCACUUCGGAAGUAUUCUACGUGGUUUGGAGUACAGCUUUAAGUUUAUUAGUCAUGCUAAAAAUGUUCCUGCUGAUACUAUUGUGCGUGCAUAAAAACUUAUCAAAUCCAUGCAUACUCUUCUCAUUCCUGGCAAACCUAUUUCUAAAUAAAUUCUUGCCGUUAUUUAAUAGGCUGCUUUUAUAGCUCCUAAAGAAUAUCUUAAUUCUGCUUUUGCUCACAACAUCAAAAGACUUGUCACCACUUCUACUGAAGAAAAAACCAGAGUAAAGCUUAACAACUCAGUCAAAACUUUUGACAUGAUACUUGCUGUUUCUUAAUCUAUGGAUUUCAAGAAUGAUAGAUGGGACAUGGCUAUGAAAUUCAUUAAAUGCUUCCUUGACGAUUAAACUGUAUUACAAAAGAAGGCUUACAAAUUUUUAAGCAAUAUUGUCUCCAAAGUCCAUUAUACUUUCCUUCCACAAGUAUCUGAAAUUCUCAAAAAUAAAUAAGCCACUUAAAGCUCUGCUAGACCUAUCAGACUUUAAGUCAUUACUUAAAUUUGGUAACUAAACAAGUUUGAUUCAGAAGAAUCCUAAGUAGAUUAAAUUGGUGAAUUCAUCUAAACUUUCCUUCCUGAACUUAUUGUAGGUUUAAGAGAAUCUAACAUUCGCUCUAGAAAAGCUUCCUAAGAACUCUUUAAGAAGAUUGCUCAAAAAAUGUUAAAUUUAAAUAUGUUAAAUGACUUUAUAUCUAUGAUCUCUGCUGGUUUGGGAGCUUCAAGCAGUUUAAUGAAGGCUGACAGUAUCGUUUCUAUUGCUUAUCUCCUUGAGAAAUUCGGAAAAAACGUAGACACUGCUUUCAUUAAAGAAGUUAACUCGAUUAUUUUGCUUUUGUUAAAGGAAUAAAACAAAGAAAUAUUUAAAGCUGUUUUAGUUUACUUGAAGAAAUAUAUGAGAAUUAUCUCAAAGGCUGAGUUAAAAACCGAAUUACCUGAUAUCUUCAACAAUAUAUUUGAAUCUGAAUAAGUCAUUAGAGAUAAGCACAGAUCACUCAUCAAGUAGAUUGUUUCAAGAUUAAUUAGGAAGUUUACUAGAACUGUUGUUGAAGAUUAUGUACCAGAAGCCCAUAAGAGAAUUGUUAGAGGUAUCUUAAAGGAGGAAAGAUACUAAAAGAAUAAGAAAAUCCGUGAAAGAAUUGAAAGGAAGAAGCUAGCUGCAUAAGUUAAGUAUAAAGAAACUGACUUUGAUGUUUAGCAACGUAUGGAAUCUGAAAAUUUAGCUAAACAAAAAGAAGAAAAGAACUUGUUGCUUAAAUUCGAUUAGGAUCAACAAUAAUUCCACUUUGUUCCCAACACUGGCUUAAAGAAAUUGAAAGAAAGACUUAAUGAAGAAAAUGAAAGAAAGGAAGUUGAAUAUAUCAAGGGUAAGAUUAUCGUACGUGAGGCUAUUGAAGAUAUGACUGGUAAAAAGAGAAGAAGAGAAGACAAAUAUGCUACAUAUGAUUCUAUCAUUCAAGAAGAAAGAGACAUCAAUGAUAAUGAAAAGACUAUCACUUCAAGAAAAUUAACUUAGAAAAGAACAGAUAAUAAAAACAAUCUUGUUCACAACAUUAAAGAGUCUGGUGAUACUUUCAAGGCUAAGGGUGAAACUGGUGGUGAUGUUGUUAGAAAAGGUAAACCUGAUCCAUAUGCAUUUAUUUAAUUGAAUCCUAAGGCUUUAAAUAAGAGACAUCAAAAGAGAGCUUCUAAAGCAUUCGAUGUUAUUAUGAAUAAAAAAGAAGAUGGAGCAUUAAAGGGUCUUAAAACUAGUAACAAAAAGGUGAAAUAAUGA